GUGUUGGAGAAUAAACGGCAAGAAGCCAAAGAAAUACAACCCCAGUGUGAUGAUUGCUACCUGGAUGUCAGUGCCAGCUUCCUCGAUUCUUCUCCUAUGUUUUUUUAUCAACUUCUUCUUGCCUGCUCAAAGCUACCUUCUGACACACUGUGAACCUAUUAAUGAGACCGUUUCUGUGGAGAAAGAUGGCUGCCCGAAAUGCCUUGUGUUUCAAUCUACCAUUUGCAGCGGACACUGCUUCACCAAGGAACCUGUGUACAAGAGCCCAUUUUCUUCCAUCUAUCAGCAUGUGUGCACCUACAGAGAUGUUCGCUAUGAAACUGUUCGCCUGCCAGACUGUAGCCCUGGUGUGGACCCCCACGUCACAUAUCCUGUCGCAUUAAGCUGUGAGUGCAGCCUGUGCACCAUGGACACCUCAGACUGUACCAUCGAGAGCCUGAAACCAGAUUUCUGUAUGACACAGAAACAGUUUAUCUUGGACUACUGA